AGAAAAUAAAUGAAAUGAACAAAGUACAAAUAUAAAAGAGAAAUGAAACACUUAGCAAAAGAAUGAAAUACUUGUAAAAAUCACGGAUGUCGGGGCGCCCUACUUCCGGCCACGAUAUUAGCACUAACAAAACCACCAGUAUUAACCUGUUCUGCAUAUCACAGAUGCCUUUGACUACAACAACGUGUCUAAAAAAGCAAAGCGAAAUCGUAAAUUUAAACGAAGAUUAAAACACUGUAAUCCUUUUAGACAGAAUCAGCUGUAUCUAUAUACAUUCUUUUCACACAAAGAAUACUACAGAUGACGCAAAACCAAUGUAUCAGGCUCUUCACACUUUUUGGAUAUUUUUACUGUAUUUUUCUGAAUUCUUCACAUGCUAUUCGUCAUGGACGUAAUUUAAUAUGGGCUGGUCGACCUUUAAAUCACGACCGAGCUUCCAUAGUUGGUAUUGAAGGUGACCCAGAUAAAUGGGUCCUUGACAAGAAAAUGACUGUUAGGCAGAUAAGUUCUCCGUCGCGUAUGUGGCACUUCCGGAGUUUGGCAUACUCUUAUUCGACGAAGUACUUAUACUGGAGUGAAUCAGGACUAAAACGAAUACAAGGUCUCGUUCUCGAUGGAUAUAAGAAAGAGACAGAUAACAUCUUUACUGGAACAUCUGCUGAAGUUGACGGCUUAGCUGUUGACUGGAUUUCGGGCAAUCUCUAUUGGACUGACGCUAUAUAUAACUGGAUUAUGAUGGUGCCGCUGCGGCCGAACCAAAAACGAUUCAAGAUUAUAACUAAAGUAGGACUUGAUAAGCCCCAUGGGAUUGCUGUAUUACCGCAAAAAGGGUACUUAUUCUGGUGUGACUGGGGUGUAAAUCCUAAAAUCGAAGUGUCAGAUCUGGUUGGCAACAACCGGCGUCCUAUUGUCAGUAAUAAUAUGCGAAGGCCACGUGGAUUAGUCAUUGAUGCUAAAGAAAGCAUGAUCUACUGGGUUGACGAUGGCCAAGAUACAAUUGAAUGUAUUCAAUUCAACGGACGUGCGAGACGAACUCUUGUAGAAGAUCCUCAGGCUGAUUUCUAUGGAAUAGCUUUGUACAAGAAUAUAUUAUUUGUAACAGAACAGAGCCGUUCCGAAGGUCAUUUAAAUGUAUACAGCAAGCUAAAUGGCCAACUUAUUAUCAGCUACACACUGAGUCAUAUACCUUAUGGGAUUAUUAUGUACGAUGAAGCGACGCAGCCUGGCAAUUCUGAAAUUUGUGACGCUCUCGAAUGUGAACAUUUCUGUGUCCACAAUCCAAUCAUGGGUCCUGCCUGCCACUGUAGUGAAGGAUACGAGUUAAAUAUCACUGACCAUCGGACAUGUAAAGUGGAUUCUGAAUUCCCCCAGCCUUACCAUGUGUAUUCCAUGGAGGAAGGAAUAUGUUCGUUCCCACCGAACCUUGCUGAUAUCGAUCUGGAAAACAUGACGUUAAGUAAACAAUGCUUUCUUAUGGACAACAAGGGAUACCUGGCACUGGGGAUGCAUGCUCGCCGAGACACCUUAUAUUUCUCAACCAACAAUACAGAAAAGUGGAUCAAUAGAGUCCGUAUGGAGUAUGGUGCUUCGUUUGAAUAUCUAAUCGGUGGUGUGGGCAUUGUUAGAGGCAUUGUUCUUGACUGGAUUUCGUCAAACCUCUACUGGACUGACAGUCUACUUCGAACUAUAAAUGUGGCACGAGCAGAUGGCAUGUACCAACAGGUUCUGAUUGAUUCCGAUUUAGAGAAUCCUGUUGGAAUUGCUGUACACCCUGGUAAAAGCAAGUUAUUUUGGACAGAUGCUGGAAAUAGUCCUAAAGUGGAAUGGUCAUACCUUGAUGGUUCUGGGCGGUCAUUGAUAACAAACCGAGAUCUUGGCUCUCCAUCUCACAUCCACAUUGACUUUAUGAAAGACAUUUUAUACUGGGCCGAUUCUGCUUUGGGAAACGUGAAAGAAUACAAUUUCUCAACAGAAAUUAUUACAGUCUUGGUUCCAAAGAAUAGUGGAAUCGAAGGAUCGAUAUACGUCAAAGCAAUUCAUUGUAAAUUAUUGUUGCUGGAUUACCUUAUAUGGACAGAUUACACAACCUCAAGGAACGGUAUUCAUGUAGCACGGCUCGAUAAUCUGGAUAAAGUUCGCGACAUAGUGCAUCCUGAGUUUGGUAGAGCUCGUGACCUCCUGACCUUUGAUGCUUCAAACCAGCCAGACUUUGAAACCGCAUGUGCGGACGGAAGCUGUGAACAUCUUUGCCUACCGAAAGGAGAAAAAUCUUAUACCUGUCGGUGUGGACUUGGCUACCAGAUUGGCGAAAAUAAGAAAUUCUGUGCUACUGAUUUAGCUACAGACAACUUCCUUUUAGUCACCGAUAGCUACCGGAAGCAAAUUUUUCAAAUUAGUAUGAUUACCGGCAAAGUACAAGCUUUGGAUGUACGAGAUCAUUUCCGCCCUCUUGCUGUGGAUUAUGAUCCAGUUCGACAGAUAAUCUAUUGGACUGAUGUCGCUCAUAAAUCAAUCAAAAAGGCCGAGAUCAACGGUGUACAUGAGACUUUGGUUAAAAAAUUAACGGACGAUUCCAUUGCUGAUGGAUUAGCAAUCGAUUAUGUGAACCAAUUAUUGUUUUAUAGCGAUGCUGGCAUCAGGAUAAUAGGAGUAAUGACCCUAAGUGCAUAUCCUUUCCAUAAGACCUUGAUCAACAGUGGUCUGGAGAAAGUUCGAUCUGUAAUUGCUAGCCCCAUUGAGAAACAAAUUGAGAUUCGAGAGAAGCGAUUAUAUUGGGUUGAUGCCCGCUCCAACAAAAUUGCUUCGAUGACCACUGACGGCAAGCAACAGAAUGUACUUUACAGUGAAUCGGACGCCCAUUAUUUUGGUAUUGCUCUGUCUGGUGAUUACCUUUACCUUACAGACUGGUCACGAAAUUCCUUAAUGCGUUUGUCAAAGAGAGGCGGUCAAUUGGAGAAUUUCUGGGAUGGCACGUCAAAAUUUGUACGGUUAAACGACAUACAUGCAUUCAACUCAACUGAAAUAAUCUCUGAAGUCAGCCCCUGUUCCAGUGAAUCGUGCAGUCACUUCUGUUUGCCAAGCCCAAGAACUAUUUACGAAAUCCAAGACCCAUGGAUCUGUGCCUGUCCAGACCAUCUGAUACUGUCAAGCGACGGACAUAACUGUGUGGUGGAUGAAGAGCAGAGUAGUUCGUUUGCAGGAUGGCACAAACACAGAGAUUCAACAACUCACCAGAUAUCAAGUAUAACAGAUGAAUCAGAAUCUAUGAACAAUAGAUCGACCCAGAGAGCCUUAUUUCAUAGCAAACAAACAAAAAAUGGUUCGUCAGUUACACCCGGAAAAAUAUCUGCCUAUGUUAUUGUCCCUUUGAUCCUGUUAGGGGCAGGUGUAGCAGCUUUCAUUUUCUUGAAGCGGCGUCGAGCUGAAAAGAAUCCACAUUGCCUCCUUGAGAAUGAUGACAAAUAUUCCGUGGACAUUUCCUACCGGAUUCUCUGCCAAGACUCUUCAAAAGAUAUGAUUGACGGUACUGAAAACCCUAUAGAAAACCAGAAUAGUACCCAUGCCAGUUAGACCAAACAUGUCAUCUCUUUCUUUUUUUCUUACAAAAAUAUAAAACAAAACCAAAAAAAAAAAUCAAAUAUUUCAUUCACAUCAUCUGUUUUCAUUCGAAUAAAACAAAAAAUAAAAAAAGAUUUCAUUCUGUGCAUUUUAAG